AUGGUAUAUGUCUAUCAAAGCGAGGGCGUUGUAUCGGAGGAAGGUGCAAAUCCGUUUCUCGAGCACCUUCCCCCUGAUACACCCGUCUAUCGGUAUGACCGACAGUGCUCUAUUGAGAGCCUCCUUCCUCCGUAUUCGGUCGAGGAUCACUUUAUCGUCUUAAAAGAUUUCCCGCCCGAGAUAUUCGCCAAACACGAGGAGGAAUUACCACAACGCUGUGAUUAUUCGCGACCACUUCAGAUCCUUAUCAUCAAAAUGCCUAGUCAACCGCACGAGGAGGCGGCUUUCAGUUUCGAGGCAAUGAUUACGAUACUUGCGACGGAGAUGCAAGUCAUUCGACGAAUUGUGGGCUGUGGAGCCACUCGAAUCGAUACCCCUGGCCGAAGCAAGCAGGCAGACCGGUCCUGGAAGCCAGCCCGCCAAGGGAGGGAAUUUCCUACGGUAGCACUAGAAGUGGGCUUUUCAGAGACAGCUGCAAAACUAGAAAAGGAUAUCACUUGGUGGAUCAACGAGUCGAAAGGAGACGUGAGAAUGGGAAUCACAAUAGACAUCAAACGAAGAUCCGGCUGCAUUGAAAUCAAAUCCUGGACCCCAGCCUUCGACCCAAAACUACACCGUGACUCUGUCACAGUAAGCGGCCGCCGCGUUGUCAAAAGCCACGCCAAUAAUCUCCCACCACCUCAGAUCGCCCAGAGAGUGCUCUUCAAGAGAGGGAGAGAUGGCUCCGCUCCUACGAUUAAAGGAGAGGGUCUAACUAUACCAUUCCAUACUCUCCUGUCAGAUGAACCAGGCGUAGGCGAAAGGGAUUUCGUGUUGACAGCUGAAAUGUUAUUGCAUGAUUUGGCAGAGCGUGUCUGGGAUGCGAUCGACGACGCUGAAACGAUACAGGCCAAAAAGAGAGGCUAG